AGCAAACCUAAGGUUGAAGGUCAGGUUGUGGUUGAACAUUGAAGAAUCAUUAUUCGAAACCAUCGACCGUUGUACAUUUGAACAUGCAGAAUGCAAGCAAAUUUCUUACAAAUUUCACGAGUAAAUACUCGUAUUUGGGACGAUGGAAGCUCCAGCCAAGAACAUAUCGCUUCGACAAACUUUUAGCAAGGAAAAUAUCAAAUGAAACCCCAGUUGUGGAAAAGGAGGCAGACCUUCCUUCAUCCAGUCAAAUUGUUGUCUGUGGUGGAGGGAUUGUUGGCUGUGCUGUGGCAUAUCAUUUGGCAAAACUUGGUUUGACCAAUGUUGUCCUUUUGGAACAAGGAAGUUUAGCAUGUGGGACAACAUGGCAUGCUGCAUCACUUCUUGGUAUAAUGAAAAACACCUCAGUUGAGACUCUUUUGGCAAAUUAUGGUGUUGAAUUAUACAGGGAUUUGGAGAAGGAAACUGGACUGGGAACAAGCUGGAAACAAUGUGGAAGUCUUUCAUUGGCUCGAACACAGGAUAGAUUGACUUUCUUAAAACGUCAACAUGGAAAGGCUAGGGCCUUUGGUGUUAGAAGUGAAUUUAUUUCCCCAACAGAGGCUGGGAAGAAAUGGCCUAACAUGAGGACUGAUGAUCUUACGGGUGUUUUGUGGUUUCCUGAUGAUGGUGUUGGGAUGGGAAUGGACAUAACUCAAUCAUUAGCAAAGGGUGCUAAGAUGCUUGGUGUUGAGAUUCGUGAAGGUGUUACAGUAGAAAGUAUUCAGACUAAAAACAAUACCAUCUCAAGCAUCACCACAAAUAAAGGCAAAAUAGACUGUGAAAUCUUUGUCAACUGUGCAGGGCAGUGGGCCAGAGAACUUGGUUUGAAAAGUGAGCCCGUUGUACACGUGCCACUUCAUUCGGCGGAACAUUUCUACAUAGUAACAAAACCAUUACCGGAAAUUGAUCCUAUGUUGCCAGUACUACGAGAUGCUGAUGGCUGGACGUACUUCCGAGAAUGGAACGGAGGCAUUCUUGCCGGGGGCUUUGAGCCGAAAGCUAAACCCAUCUUUUAUGAUGAUAAGAUUCCAGAAAAAUUUGAGUUUCAACUGUUUUCCGAAGACUGGGACCACUUUGAGGUUCUCUUGAAAGAAAUCAUACAUCGCUUUCCGCCGAUUGAGAAUGCAGAAAUACGUCAGAUGGUGAAUGGACCUGAGAGUUUCACCCCUGACGGUAAAAUUCUUAUCGGUGAAGUUCCAGAGAUUGAUAAUUACUAUAUUGCUUGCGCAAUGAACUCGCGUGGUGUGGUCAGUGCUGCAGGGAUUGGCCGCGCUCUAGCGGAGUGGAUUAAGAACAAGAGUUCGACCAUGGACCUCUCGUCCAUCGACAUCAAACGAUUUUCUCCUUACCAUAACAACAAGACGUACCUCCGAGACUCAGUCUCGAAAACUGUUGGGUACCAAUAUGCUCUCCCGUAUCCAGCCAGUGUGCCUCCUGCCCCACGCAACAUGAAGUCUUCACCACUUUACGAUGCACUGCAGACUCAAGGUGCUUCGUGGACUUGCGUCAUGGGAUGGGAAUGUCCCGCGUGGUUCUCACGCGAUGGCAUCGACCCACAGGGCAACUUUGCAACAUUCGGCAAGCCAAAAUGGUUUAAUAAUGUGAAAACUGAAGUGGAAGCAUGUACCUCUGGCGUCGGAGUUGCUGAUAUCUCUGCUACGCUGAAAAUUGAAAUAACCGGCAGUUCAGCGGUAAACUUGCUCCAGUUUUUAUGUUCCAACAAUGUCGACGUCCCACCCGGCAUGGUGGUUCAAACUUUGCUUCUAAACCCCAAGGGGGGGAUUGAAGGUUUUUCUACGUUGUACAGACUGACGAAUGACAGAUUUUAUUUGAUCGAUUCCAUAAAACAGGCAACGAGACUCCUUUCUUGGAUUUCUGACUAUUCUAAGAAUUAUGACGAUAUAACAGUGGCUGAUGUGACGUCACAUUAUUCAGGCUUGUUUCUGAUUGGUCCAGCAUCCACGGAACUUCUACAAUCGCUUACACAAACGUCAUUGGACUCUGAAGAUUUCCCGCUUAAUUCCAUAAAGAGAAUCGACGUAGGUUAUGCUUCUGAUGUUCUUGUUGCUCGGGGUAGCGACGAGUGGAAAUUGUUCCUGUCUCCUGAGUUUCUGCGAAAUCUGUACAACCAGUUUGCAGAGUCAGGCAGGAAACACAAUAUUACCAACGUUGGACUUUAUGCUUUGAAUUCUAUCCACAUUGAAGAUGGUAUUCCGGCCGUUGGUGCUGAACUAACCCAAUUUGUUUUACCUCAAAAUGCUGGUUUGAAUUCACUGGUUGAUCUUUCAAAGAAAACGGAGUUUAUUUCCGACCUGGACAUUUUAUCACAUGCUUCCUCAAACAAACGUCUCGUACACGUCAGCAUGCGUUGUCAUGACGAUGAUAAUUUUCCCUGGGGAGGCGAACCAUUGCUGCAUGACGACGCGAUUGUUGGUAUGACAACUUCAGCCGCCUGUGGUUUUAAAGGUAACAACCCUGUUGCCAUGGCUACGAUCGAGCUUCCCGAAGGUCGUGAUGACGUUGCGGGCAUGGAGUUCGAGAUAGAAAUAGCCAAUCAGCGUUACCCAGUCGAUGUUCGCGUUCUGAGAAGCGAGUGACUGAGGGCGAUUGGCUUUUGUGGAUGUGGGAAUUAGGAGUUAGGCUGUCUAAUUUUUUAAUUAUGACUGAAUACAUUAGGGAAAUGCGAUUUAUUGGAAACAAACGAAGCUUGGAUAGCGUCAGGAAUUUGAAUGAUCUCAAAACUAAAUCAAGAUUACGGGAGGGGUCAAGAUUAGCGGG